ACACACACACACCCUGAAGACAGUCCCCCCUCCCCAAACACACCCAAUUCUCCACCCUACCUCACACAUUCAUACACACACACGCACACACAUCACCGGCCAUCUCCAAAAUGCUCAGUGACACGAAGACAGCUGAGCCAGAGGAGGGGCCAUCAUCAGGGGGGUCAGGGAGUAGCAGUAGCGGAGGAGAAGAACCCCAAACACAGCAGGGCCCCAACCCCCCGUCCACACCCCCAGCCCCCAGCCUGAGCAGCACCAGCCCCGACCCAUCAGACACAGGGGCAGCGGACACUGACCCCAAGGCCAAACGGAGGAUGUCGCGGCUGAGACAGACUUCACCAGAGCCCGGCUUUAGCACCGGUGGUGCCAGCAGUGGUGGUGGUCCCGAGCGGUAUCUCAGGGUCCACUCGUGUCCGGAGACGGGCCCCGAACUUUGGGCCAAAACCACGUCAGUCAGAGACACAGCAAAGGUGGGAGUCUGCGAACCGCUCUCUCCGUCUGCUAGCAACGGGUGGGGGUUGAUGAGUCACGACACUCUGUUUGAAGCCGCAGAGGAGGAAGAGUUUUUUGACUGCUUUGACGGGCCGCGUUCGCCCUCCUCCGAAAUGUCCUCCUGUUUGGGCAUCUAUGGCAGCUGUGCUGACGGCAUCCACCAGCGCGGGGACAACAGCGCCCCGGGUGACAGUGGUGGUGGUGUUGCUAAGAGACCCAAAGCUCAAAUGCGUCACUCUGCCGGAGCUGUGCUCUCUAGCUCCCCCUGGUUGGAUGGAGGAUGCACUGCGGCUGUUGGCGGUGGCGGUGGCGGUACAGAAUGGCUGACGGAGGGUGAACUGGCGCGCUGCAAGAAGGAGCGCUCCACCUUACUGGUGCGCCGGUUCAACCGCAACAACCAGCCCGUCCGCAAGUCCGUGUGGACCGGCACCAGGGCCAUCGUGCGCGCGCUGCCCAGCGGCGGCAUCGGGGAGCGGGCGUGGACCGCCGUCCUCAGGCGCGGGCAAUGGGCGCGGGACAAGGAAGGUUUUCUGGCGCAAGCCGUCAAGAAGUGGCACAACCGGCACGGGAGCAGUAGCAGCAGACUGGUGAUGGUGUUGCGGCAAGGCAUGGCGGCGCCCGGGCUCGGAGAUCGUCUAAUGGAGGUGGUCUAUUCAGUAAGUGGGGAGUGCUGUGGAUGUGAGAGCUGGCUUCUUCACUCCUGUCAGACGCGGCUGUCCUCCUCCCAGCGGAGCGCCCGUGUGUGUGGCGUCUGCACCGAGUGUGUGUGCGUGCUGUGUGCGAGGGGAGCCUCCCUGUACUGGGCCUCGUCUCAGCACACCUGCCUCUCGCCCAGACUUUCCGGAGCUUUCCAGGAGGCCGUGGCGUCGCUCGGGGUAGGAGGCGGAACUCGCAGCUGUCCGUCAUCCUUCAACCAGGCCAGCGCCCAAUCACGCGUCAUGCCCACAGAGCGCCAGCUCAGUUCCCCGAUGGCGGGCUGCAGCAGCACCACCAGCAGCAUCAACAGCUCUGCCUUGUCUCCCACCUCGGUCGUCGGUGGCACCGCCUCUCCAGCUGCGGCGGGCAACGGCGUGGUCAGCGGCAUUAGCCGCGAGCUGGUGGAGCUUCGCCACCUGAUCCAGUUCCCCGAGGAGAUUGCAGCUGCGCUUACGGAGCAGGAGCUGCAGCUGUAUCGGCGCGUGCUGCCAUUGGACUACCUAGCCUUCCUCACGCACGACCUCACCGUGCUGCAACACAACGGCAACACCAAUGCCAACACCAACGCCAACACUAACACCAACGCCACAUACUAUCACCAGCAGUACCCGCAUCAGCACCACCAAUACCUCCAUCACUCACACUCCCUCUACCAGAGCCAGCAUCACCAACACCAUCACCACCAACCCCAGGGGCAGGACAUCCAGCAGGGGCAUGAGGUUCAUCGGGGGCCCCAUCAGGGACCAAACCAGGGACAAGUCCACGGCCUACUACCCCAGGGACAGCAGCAGGAGGCUGGGUACGUUGGCAGCAUGGCCCCCCUCAGGGAAGGACAGAUCCAGGGCAGGAGCCACCAACAGCAGACCCCUCCCCAGUCACUGCCCCAGCUGCAGGUCCAUCACCCCCAGCUCAGGAUGUCUGUGUCGGCCCCGGCCAUGCCUGUAUGCGGCCAGCAGCCCAGCGCCGUGGAGGACCUUGUGUCACGCUUCAACGAGGUGAGUUCGUGGGUGACAUGGUUGGUCUUGACAGCGGGCUCCAUGGAGGAGAAGAGGGAGGUGUUCUCAUACCUGGUGCACACGGCACGCUGCUGCUGGAACCUGGGCAACUACAACGCGGUCAUGGAGUUCCUGGCAGGACUCAGGUCCCGUAAGGUGCUGAAGAUGUGGCAGUUCAUGUCCCAGUCGGAUAUCGAGACCAUGCGGCGGCUGAAGGACGCCAUGGCGCAGCACGAGACGUGCGCGGAGUACCGGCGGGCCCUGUGUCGCGCCCGCAACGUGCCCGGCUGCCGCGUGGUGCCCUUCUGCGGGGUCUUCCUGAAGGAGCUGGCCAGCUCCCUGGACGGCACGGCCAGUCUCAUCAGCCUGCGCCCAUGCAAGGACCACAUUGAGUUUGUGACAGACUACACCGGUCAGGACAACUUCCUGCAGAGAGCGGGGCCAGAUGGAUUGACCAAUCAGGAGAAAGAGGCCACUGUCAACAACAUCCUGCAGACCAUUCGCAGCUGCCAUCGUAGCUUGGAGGCGGAGGAAGGGGAGGAGCCUGUCAACAAUGGUCAUGCCCCCUCCAGGCAAAACUCCCUCCGAGAUCGCAGCCGCAACCACUCCUUCUCCUUCAGGACUCCCUCAGAACCAAAACGAGUCCAGUUCAUCGUGGGUGACCUGUCCGACUCCGAGACCGACCUAUCGGAUCAGUCAAAGGCGGAGCCGGACUUCCAGGCGCUGGAGGAGACCCAGAGAGCGUUUGGCCACGGCACGGAGCUCGUCCCCUGGUACGUGCUCUCCAUCCGGGCCGACGUGCACCAGUUUCUGCUGCAGGGGGCCACGGUCAUCCACUACGAGCAGGACACCCACCAGACGGCCCGCUGCCUGCUGAGGUUGCAGCCCGACAACUGCUUCCUCACCUGGGCGAAGAUCCACACCGGGUGCCCUUCCAAUGGACGCCUCCGAAGCCCGGGUGCAACAGGGGCGAGCGGCCAGGACUUCCCCCACGUGAGGCCCCAGUGGUGUGGGCAGUCGAUGCUGUGCGGCCUGGCUGACGGGUUCCUGGACCUGGGGGUGGUGAAGGCCGUCUUCCUGGGCCACCAGGGGGCUGAUGUGGCCGGCGUGUGCGCCCAGAACAAGCUGCCCGUGGCGCUCAACGCCCAGGAGUGCGCGCUGACGCUCCUCUACGGGACCCACACCACAGAGAACAAGCUGCUGCACUUUGUGGGCCCCACGCACACGGUGAGGACGCUGCACGACGGCCUGGGGAGGCUGAUAGCAGGCCUGAGGAGGAUGAGGAGGUUCCCAGACCAGAGGCUACACUGGCUGCGGAGGCAGUAUGUCAACCUCUACCAGGAGGACGGAAGGUAUGAAGGGCCCACUUUGGCCCAGGCCAUCGAGCUAUUCGGGGGCCGGCGCUGGAACAACCCACUCAACAUGACGGCCAAUCAGAAAAGCAGCUCCCUGGCCACCUCCACCAAUCAGAAGAGCAACCUCAUCAUGAACACUAAUAAAAAGAAGAAGAAAGCCCUGAUGCGGGGGGACAGUGGUGAUGCGACAGAUGAUGAAAUGGUCUCCAGGAAGGUGAAGAGCAGUCGAGAGGUUCUGGGCCGCAGCGGAUCGGACCCGUCAGACAGCGUAGACCAAGACGAGCUUGAUGACAGUGGGUCGUUUGGUCUGCCUGGUCCCUUCUCCCUGUCGGUCAGUAAGGCGCUGCCUCUCAGUGCCUCUUCCUCCUCCACCUCCUCAGCUUCCUCAUCCAACAACAGCCUGUCAGCAGCCUCCAACACAGGUAACUGGUCGGGGCGUGUGCUAGCAGGUCGGGGGAAGAGCUCUCUCAAGAGCUUUGACAACCUGAUGGGCUCAGACUCCACCAUGAGCUUCACCGAGUUUGUGGAGCUCUUCAAGUCUUUCAGUGUCCGGAGUCGUAAGGACCUGAAGGAGCUGUUUGAUGCCCAUGCUGUGCCCUGCAGCCGUGCAGCCAGCGAGGCGGUGCCCCUGUACACCAACCUCAUCAUCGACGACAAGCUCAGCACCGCCCAGCCUGACCUAGACCUGCUGACGCGCUCGGGGGCGGACGUGGGCUUGUCGCUGCGGGCGCGGGCCCCCGUGUCGGAGGGCCAGAGGCAGAUCUGGGACGCCAUCGCCGCCUCCAGCAUCGUGUCCAAUGGGACGGGGGUGGAGAGCGCCUCCCUGGGUACUCAGGCCUGGGGUAUCGCUCAGCUGCACGCCUUCCUGGAGAACUACCAGCGCGAGCACCUCACCUACGACCAGACGCUCAGCAUCAUACAGAGGUUUGAACCAUGUGCCAGUAAGCGUCAGAUGGGCUGGAUGUCCUUUGAAGGCUUCGCCAGGUUUUUGAUGGACAAGGACAGCUUUGCGUCGAAGCUGGAGGAAGCGCAGCUGAACGUGCAGGAGCUGCAGUACCCGCUGUCCUACUAUUACAUCGAGUCCUCGCACAACACCUACCUCACCGGACACCAGCUCAAGGGGGAGUCCUCUGUGGAGCUCUACAGCCAGGUGCUUCUGCAAGGCUGCAGGAGUGUGGAGUUGGACUGUUGGGAUGGAGACGACGGGGUGCCCAUCAUCUACCACGGUCACACGCUCACCACCCGCAUCCCAUUCAAGGACGUGGUGGAGGCAGUGAACCGCUCUGCUUUCGUGACCUCUGACCUGCCAGUCAUCCUCUCCAUAGAGAACCACUGUUCGCUGCCACAGCAACGCAAGAUGGCCGACAUCUUCAAGACGGUGUUCGGGGAUAAACUGGUGACCAAAUUCCUGUUUGAGAGUGACUUCUCCGACGACCCCCUGCUCCCAUCGCCAUGGCAACUCCGAGGGAAGAUCCUGCUGAAAAACAAAAAGUUGAAAGCUCACCAGGCGCCAGUCGACAUCCUCAAACAGAAGGCUCAUCAGCUGGCGUCCAUGCAAGCCCAGGCCAGCAAUGGGCCCGUACCCGUCACCUCUCCCACGGCCAACGAGGAGGAAGAGGAGGAGGAAGACGAGUACGACUACGACUAUGAGUCCUUGUCUGAUGCUGACGUCCUUAUUACCUCUCCUGUUCUCUGUGGCCAAGAAGACAACAUCCUUGAGGACCGUCCAGAAGGAAAGCUGUCAUCGUCGGGUGAGAAAUUCCAAUUUGAGUUGAGCGAUGAAAUCCCAAAGAGGGUCAAGAAAGGGGAUGCAGCCGUCCCAAGUAAAGGAAAGAUCUUCGAUAUGGACCUGGGGGAGGAGUUUAACCUGCCGCGCAGUAAGAAGGAGGGCCGCCAGAUCGCCCAGGAACUCUCCGACCUCAUCAUCUACUGCCAGGCCGUCAAGUUCCCAGGUCUGUCCACACUGAACUCGUCGGGUUCUGCCAGAGGGAAGGAUAGGAAGUGUCGGAAGUCCAUCUUUGGCAACGCUCCAGGAAAGUGUGUUCCCGGGGAGCCAGUUCCUCUCUCCCGCUCCUCAGGGAAAGGGGUGCUGGAUGGCUCGCGUCUGAGCUUGGAGGAGCCAUCUACAGGCUCCUCCUCUUCCUCUGCCACCACCUCCGCCGCCACCACCUCGUCCUUCACCAUCUCCUCCUCCUCCUCCAUGAUGAUGAUGGGCACCUCGCCGUCCCUCAGCGCCCUCAUGCGCACGCCCAAGUGCUACCACGUGAGCUCGGUGAACGAGAACGCGGCCAAGCGUCUGUGCCGGCGCUACUCCCAGAAGCUGAUGCAGCACACCUGCAGCCAGCUGCUGAGGACCUACCCGGCCGCCACACGCAUCGACUCCACCAACCCCAAUCCCCUGCUCUUCUGGCUGCACGGCAUACAACUGGUCGCCCUCAACUACCAGACCGAUGACCUCCCGCUGCAGCUGAAUGCAGCUCUGUUUGAGAGUGGUGGAGGCUGUGGCUAUGUGUUGAAGCCUGCGGUGCUGUGGGAGAGGAGCUGCCCCCUGUAUCGUCACUUCAGCCCGCUGGAAAGGGACCUGGAGGGGCUGUGUCCUGCGCAGUACUCCCUCACCAUCAUCUCCGGCCAGAACGUGUGUCCCAGCAACACGUCGGCGAGCCCCUGCGUGGAGGUGGACGUUCUGGGCAUGCCGGCCGACGCGGCCCACUUCCGGACCAAGGCGGCGCACCGCAACGCGCUGAACCCCAUGUGGGGCCAGACCUUCCAGUUCCCCGUGGUCAUGGAGGACCUGGCCUUCCUGCGCUUCACCGUGGUGGAGCACAGCAGCUCGCAGACCACCGCACAGAGGAUCCUGCCCAUCAAGGCACUCAGACCAGGUUACAGACACCUCCAGUUGAGGAACCAGCACAACGAGCCUCUGGAGAUCUCCAGCCUCUUCAUCUUCAGCCGGAGAGCCGACGAGAACACCACGGGAAACACCCUGCCGGCAGCCUGGCUGUUCAGUACAGAGGAGCGGCGGGCUGCUGUGCAGUACAAAGUGACGGUGCACGGGGCCCCGGGACCAGAACCCUUCACAGUGGUGUGCAUCGGAGAGAGAACCACAGUGGCACAACUCAUUAGCAAACUCCUGCCAUCCUCCUCCUCCUCCUCCUCUGUGUACCUGCUGGAGGAGAAGCUUCCUCUGGGUCGAGGGGAGGCGCGGGGUAAGCCCCCCCUGCAGAGGGUGCUGGGGCCAGAGGAGGAGGUGCUGAAGAUCCUCAACAGCUGGAACCCGGAGGAGGGCUACCUGGCACGCCUAUGCCUCAAGACCAAGGAGGAGAAUCUCCUGGAUAGGACUGUGGCCCCAGAGAAGGUGGAAGAGCUAGCUGGUGGUCCAGUGGAUGAAGACUCUUUCCUGGUGCACGUCCACGACGUAACCCCAGAACAGCCCCGCACCGUCAUCAAAGCCAACCGCCACAGCACGGCACAGGACAUCAUCCACCAGACCCUGAGUAAGGCCAAGCACUCGAGUGGGCUGCUGUCGUUGCCAGAUGCGAGUAGCUACGUGCUGCUGGAGGAGGUGUCCAAGGAGACGCCGGGCUGGAGGGCACCGCCCAAGUCUGUGCAGCGGGUGCUGUGUGACCACGAGUGUGUCUUCCAGGCCCAGAACCGAUGGAAAGGGGCGGGCAAGUUCAUCCUCAAACUGAAGGAACAGGUGCAGACGGUGCGUGACGACCGGCGUAAGGGCCUGUCCUUGGCGGGGGAGCUGAAGCGUCUGACGGGCCGCAGCCGGGGGGUGUGGAUGGGGGCCACAGCCGGCCUGGAUCUGGGCCACAGUAAGGAGGAGCGCGCUGCAUGCUGCCUCCACCUCACAGAGACCUGUGAGUGAGGACGGGCCGUGUGUGUGUGUGUCUGUCUGCGUCUGAGUGUCCUGCACGUGUGUGCUGUGUUUUUUGGGGGAGAUGACCACACACACGGCCGAAGCCACACCCACAGGUAAGGAGGUGUGUCUAAGGGUCUGAAGGUGUGGUUGGCUGGCAACAGGCAGGGGGCGGAGCGAGAGGUGCUACACCACGGCCACUCAACACCCUCCUGGCCUCUGCAUCUCUUGUGGAACUGGAAGAUCCACAAAUGAAAACAGAAACCCAAUAAACACACAAACACACACACACACACACACGUUACUGAGCUCCUUGUGCUACUGUCACAUCACAUGAGUGCAAGUACAGACAUGGACAAGGAGAAAGGAGCCAACCCGAGAAAGGCAGCCAAGGCCUUGAGAAACAAACACACACACACACACACAGACAGACAGACAGACAGACAGACAGACAGACAUACACUCACGUACCCUUCCAUUGUGGGCUGCAAGGACACCAACUUUUGCAAGUGUGUGUUGUGUCUACUGCACUGCUUGUACUGUAGGGGAAGAAGGCCCUACACACUACCAUCAUUGCCAAGAAUGGUUUUCACUACUCCCCUCUACUCCUCCGCCUGUGCGUGUGAGACUGCAAUGUUGCUGUUGUUCUUUUACUGUCCUGUACGGACUCUCUGCUGAGCUGAAUCAGUUAUUUUAAAGCCAUCUGCUCCAUAUUGCCAGUCGGUGCUGAGUUUUAUUCAGUAUUGUUGAUUGUUAGUGGAUUGGUUGAUCUUCUUUUCUUAGGUAUAAGGUUUGGCUUUUGUGUAAAUGGUGAUUCAUUGACGAUAGUAGUAUGGCGCUUUGACUGUGUUUUUGUGCUGUGUGUGUGUGUGUGUGUGUGUGUGUGUGUGUGUGUGUGUGUGUGUGUGUGUGUGUGUGUGUGUGUGUGUGUGUGUGUGUGUGUGUGUGUGUGUGUGUGUGUGUGUGUGUGUGUGUGUGUGUGUGUGUGUGUGUGUGUGUGUGUGUGUGUGUGUGUCCAGUGUAGACCCUUACAGCACAUGAUGCUGGUCAUGUAAAUGUAUACCACAUCAAGGUUGUCAUGUUAUACUAUGUGAUGGAAGAUGUAUUCAUGUGAGCCACAAGGCUUCAUUGCUGAGGCUGUAUAUUUAAGACUGUAAAUAUGUUUUGUAAGUUUGCUUCAUUUUUUUAAACAAUAAUUUAUUUGUAGAAAACUACCGAUUUUUAAUGUGGUACUCUGUUGCAUUUGUAUGUUAAAGUGUGCAUUGGCUAUUAUUAUCAACGAGUGUAACUGGUCCUUUCAGCAAACAAAAAUAUACCAUUUUACCUGUUGCAGUUGUCCAAAAUGAACCACACAGUUGAACAGUUGAAGUUGAAAAUGAAUGCUACUGAUGUAGGGAUAUUGACGAAUAUGAAAUGACAUCUGUCGUUGGAUCAACUGCCGAUUUCUCUUCCAUGUGAAAAGUGAGAAGUACACAGGAAAAUCGAGGAGCCAGAAAGUCAAUCUUUUCAAAUCUACAGCCUGUAAUUAGAAACAGAUAAAAUUAGCAUUAAGAAUAUGAAAAUAGAGUAAAAUGCAAUUUAAUUGUAAACACGUUGACUUUCAAGAUUCAAAAAGAAAAACAAAACUUAAAAAAUAUCCUCAGGUAGUGCAUACUGUAUUUGUGGGCAUGCCGAUUUUUCCUGUGGACUUAUCACAUAUGGGUACAGCAUUUAGUAGGUGCCACGUAGUAAAGUACUGAAGCACAUGAUUACGAUGUAAACAGUGAGCUGAUCAUUCUAGUCUAGUAUGCACACACCUUGGCAUUGCCACAGUAUUAAGACUUACAGCAAUGUAAAAUAAUAAUUAAAAUGCCAGUAAACAAGAGAUUUUGAGAUUGAGUGUUUUUGGUGCCCUGCAUGAAUAUUGCAGAAUCAUGAUGCUGAAUGUUGCAGAAUUCUGACACCGCCUGCUGGGUGAGGGCAAUGAGUGGCCAUACCAAAGAGGGUUGAAUUUUAAUAAAGAGGAUUCAAAACACGCCCACCCAAACACGCCCACCCAAUGCAAACGAGUGUGCUCAAGUUGGGUCUCCUAAGGGGGCGUUGUCCCCCCCUUCUAUUUUUGAUGUGUUUGCACAAGACGUGCGCUACCGCCAUCCACAGCGCUGAGGGGACUCCAUUUAUUAUCAACCUCAGGACUCUGAAGGUCUCCUAACUGAAGGUCUCCUAAAGGGGCGUUCACCCGACAUAAAGUGCAUACUGGAAAAUAACUACAAUGACGUAUCUCUGCCUAGAUCUCUGGUCAUACCCUGACUAUGGCACUGACGCCCCAUCCAGACCGUCAUGACCAAGACUGGAUUAAGAUGGCCUGG